GCACCAUCGUAACACUCGCCUCGGCCAUGAAAAAGAGGAUCGAGGUUGACUCGACCUCAACCAGUGAAUCGCCGAAGCGUUUUCAUUUCCGUGCUACGUAACGGAAACGCGAGGACUCUGACGCAACGAGCAGGAAGUGUAACGUCCUCGUCGAAUCUGUAGCUUAUAAAAGCUGUCCGAAGGAGCCGCGGCAUUUAAUAACCAUAUAAGCAUGUUCGAACGAUCUGCCAGAGGAUUUAUUCUACUCUCCCUGUUCGUGAACGCGAUCGCUGGAUCGCCGUGGGACGAAGACGAGGAAACAAGAAACCCUAGGCAUGCUUCCUGUCCCUCGUGUCGCCGGGAACGGCCAGACACACUGGUCUCGUGGAGUGCGCCAGCCGCAAGAGGAGGAUACUAUGGACACGAGCCAGAAACCAGUUCUCGCCAGGCUAGUGAACUAUUCAGGUCUAACCCAACCUUCCAGUCACCCAACGACUCUCCGUUCAACAAUGCAUACAGCCCUUCGUACGACAGAGCCAUCAGAAGCAGAGGGGCCCCACCUGUCACGAAACCAACAGCCACCGGCAAACGCGAGGAUCCCUUUACAAUCGGGCGAGACCUCGAUUCUCACGUGGCUCCUUCGCAAACCGCCUCUAUUCACGAUAUAAAUAACCCAAUAUCACCGUACCACUCUCACUUUCCCGUUUCCAGAACGCCAAGUAGAACGCCGUACAGAAGGGCUAAUUUCUACGAUCUCGCCAAGAGCCAAUCUGACUUAACACCGUCGAACCAGCCCUCUUUUGGCAAUUUAAGAAGACAGUCAAGCGUGUUGUUUAACAACGAAGACGAGACGAGGAGUUUCGGACCGAGGAAAGUGUUCACUGUGAGCCAAUCUGGCUUGAUACCUUACAACCAAUUGUACGCGGAUUAUGGUUUGGUCAAUAGGGAGCCGUCUUUCGGUGAUAGAAGACAGUCGAGUAUACUAGUUAAUAAUGGAGAAAAUUUGAGGAACUUUGGGGCGAGGAAGCAGUUCACUAUAGGCACCAGGUCGGACGAUUAUUUUGACGACUUGGUGGGUCACGAUUCACCCAACGAACUGUCACCAUUUGGUACUUUCAGGAGAUCUUUGAAUCCCUUGAUCGGCAACGAAGGAAAUUCAAGGAGUUUCAGGUCUAACUUCGAUAACGAGCUCUCGUUUAAUAAUUUAAGAGGGCCGAGCGUUCAUAGAGAAGAUUUGAAGAAUUUCGGAGUGAAUCCUAGGUCUGAUAGGUAUUUGAGUGACUCCUUUGAGCGAAGCAAUCCGAUGAGCGAAUCUGACCAAUAUCCCGGAACCGAGUUGAACCAAUUUUCCAAAGCUGGGUCUAGCCAGUUCUUCAGAGCCGAACCCAGGCAAUACACCAAAGUUCAACCUAGCCAAUUCGCCAGAAUCGAACCUGGCCAGUUUUUCAGAGCUGAGCCCAAACAGUUUUCUAGAACCGAACCCAACCAAUUCCCCCACGUUCAACCUAGUCAAUCUUUCAAGUUUGAACCUGGCCAAUUGCCCAAAGUCGUUGAGCCCAGCCAAUUUUCCAAGGUUCAAUCCAAUCAAUUCUCCAAGGCCGAGGCCAGCCAAUAUUUAAGAACUCAAUCCAACGAGUACUCGGUGGCGGAAAACCCUGGAGUCUCCUACGAGAGAGAAGUGACACGACCUCAAUUUGUCCAGUCUCAAAGGAGCGAGACGUUGGAAGGCACCAACAGGCCAGUCUACGUUCCAGAAGUGAAGCACAAUUCGUACAAUCUGCCAGAGGAGUUGAACGUGUUCGGAAUGACGCAGGAGGUUGAAGUUGAUAAUAGUAGUAGAUGGGAGAAACAGUCGGACGAGCAGAAGAAAGAUCAGGGAUCUUAUCAGGGGAUGGAGGAAACUAGCGAGCGAAUGGGAAGUGAGAUGUACGGGGGCGAGAUGCAUGAUUAUCAGAAUAAUGAGGAAUUGAAGUCUCGCGAUGUGACGCAGCAGCGAGAGAUUAAGAGGAAGGGAGACGUUGGCAAGGAUAAUAGUUCUGGGGACAAGAGUGGAUUCUCUGGAAACCGUUCCCUGGGUGAAGAUUCUUCUUCCAACAGUAGAUUAAUGGAAAGAUCGGAGAAGAUCGAAGGCGAGGAGAGCACGACGAAGACUAUGAGCGGCGUUUGACACCUUGCCAGUCGAAAUCGGGCGAUAACUGGAAGACUGGAAUGAAAAGAACCUUAACUCAGAGUUGGAAUGAAAUUUUAUUGGAAAGA